AUGGUUAAAGAUACGAAACUUUACGAUAUGCUGGAAAUUUCUCCAGACGCUUCAGAAAAUGAACUAAAAAGAGCCUAUAAAAAAUUGGCUCUCAAGUAUCAUCCUGACAAGAAUCCAGAUACUGCCGAAAAGUUUAAAGAAAUUGCACAUGCUUUUGAAGUUCUUUCUGAUCCUCAAAAAAAAGAGAUUUACGAUCGAUAUGGAGAAGAAGGUUUAUCAGGUGAAGGAGGAAUGGGUGGUAUGUCACCCGAAGACUUAUUCGCCAGCUUUUUCGGUGGUGGUAUGUUUGGAGGUAGAUCUCGCCAAUCGGGACCAAAAAAAGGAAAGAAUUUGAAACAUGUACUUAAAGUUUCAUUAGAAGAUUUCUAUAACGGAAAAUCGACCAAAUUAUCUUUGAACAAAAAUGUCAUCUGUAAAACAUGUGAUGGUCGAGGAGGAAAAGAAGGAGCGGUUAAAAAGUGUAGUACUUGUGAUGGUACAGGUUAUAGAAUUCAAUUAAGAACUUUAGGUCCUAUGGUACAACAAAUUCAACAACCUUGUAACGAAUGUAACGCCACUGGUGAAAUUAUUAAAGAAAAGGAUCGAUGUAAAACGUGUUAUGGUAAAAAGGUUAUCAACGAACGUAAAGUAUUAGAAGUACAUAUUGAAAAAGGAAUGAAGAAUGGUCAAGAAAUACCAUUUAUUGGUGAAGCAGAUCAAGCACCUGGUAUUGAACCAGGUGAUGUUAUUAUUGCUUUGGAAGAGAAACCACACGACCGUUUUGUAAGGAGAGAUGAUGAUCUAUUUUAUACAUCCAAGAUCGAUCUUCUAACAUCUUUAGCGGGAGGAGUAUUUUUUAUUGAACAUCUUGAUAAUCGAGCAUUGGAAGUUCACGUUGAGCCAUUCGAAUCAAUCAAACCAAACGAAAUUAAGGCAAUUCCGGGACAAGGAAUGCCAGCACGUCGUCAUCACACCAAUGGAACUCUUUAUAUCAAAUUUGAUAUUGAAUUUCCUUCUCGUCAUUGGACAACUGAUCCAACGAAAUUAGAUAUUCUUAAAAGUGUUCUUCCAUCACCUCCUAAAGCUCAACCUCCACAUGUAGAACAUGUUGAUACUACUACUAAAUAA